AUGCCUGGCUUUAUCAACCGCAACAACGACGGCAGCGACGACGAUGCCGAAUCGUAUGGGCAACCAGUUUACGCUGGAAGUGUCCACUCUGGAUACCCUCCUUCAAUCCCUACGGAAGCGUCGUCCGAUGGUCAGCGGCCCAAUACUGCCGAGUCGUACGGUCAAAGUGUUCGCCCUGAAUCUAUCCAGUCGGGACACUCUGGGUACCCUCCCUCAAUCCCCACGGGCACGGGAGGACCGAUGAGGCUUCCGGCGGGUUAUCAACCGGGGCUGGACGGGUAUCAUCAAUUCUCGAGCGCUUGGAGUAAUACUGAUACUACUUCCGAGUCCUCAAGGCCACCAACCAGCGCGAGUCAGGGACAGCAGUCUUCCCGAGGUGGAGCCGGUCCCUCAAGGCCUCAAACUGGAGGGAGUCAGGGACAGUAUUCUCAAGGUGAAGCUAGUUCGAAUGCUGGCCAGGAUCAGGAGAGCGACCACAUCCGUCGCGACUGGCUAGCCCGUCGGCCCCCACCUCCGCCUGGUAGCAGAAGGGCCGCCUGGCAGACAAACACAGACGGGACCACUGCUUACGACCCAUCAGGACAACCGAUUUGGGUGGUUCAAGAGUAUGUCCCCAAUGCUCAGGGAAACAGAAGCUGGGUCAAUAGGUACUACACUCAGCAGGCUGCAACGGACGCUGGGGAAUACCAUCAGGGCACAACUGCAUCGAGCAUAGUCUCAUUACGACGCGAGGCCUGCGCAGUUCUGCAUGCGUCCCCCUUGAAUGCACCUCGCUCUGGGAAGCAACUAAAAUUCUUGGCUCGCCACUUACCUUUUGCUUCCAUUGUCGCAAAUGAAGUCAAAUAUUCAACCAACGACCCAAAGAUUAUCAGAGAGUCCUCAAGCCGAGGCCUCGGCGCGCUUUGA